CUUGAGAGCGAAUCACUUCAUUCGUAGGUGAUUCAGAUCCAAUCCCCAUGCGAAUCAAGAACAAAUCGUUGUCUUCUCUAAUUUUUAUCGAUAACAGCUGUCAAAACACAUAGACCACACACAUACCCACUAGCACAAACAUUGAAAAAAUAGCUAGACAACAUAGCAACAUGUUUUAAAGCGUUUAAAUGAAUAAUUUUACCUAAAUUGUGUGUUUAAAGUAUGUGACAAUAAUAUUAGUUAAUUUUGGUUUCCGUUGUUUUCUCUGCUUUGUUAACUUUUCUUUCGUUCUCCAGUAAAACAAGAGGCGUAGAACCUGCUCAAAAAAUCGACUUUUUUCACACUCUCUUGUUCUUGCGUGAUCUUGUGUCGUUGGUUCAAGGCCUGGUUGGAUAUGAAUACGCCUUGGUCUUGCCCGUGCUUAAUGAAAAUGCAAUACUGGUUUCUCCAGCUGUCAAACAAGGAGAAAUGUCAGAGAAUGUCAAACGCAAAAAUGGUAAUUGGAAAAUUUUCACGGUGGCCAAUUGUUUUAUCAGACGGGAUCAGCACCAUAUAGAAAUCGGAAUCACGGUGCAAAAAUGAAAAUUGUUCCAAAUAUGUAUAAAUAUUUCAAUAAGUGAAUUCGAGAGCAAAAAAAUGUGAUAAGCGCAGUUCAUAGUGAUAGCAAUAUUGUAAUAAAUCUAGUCAAAUGGAAAGACAAUUGGGGGUGAAGGAGGGCGUUUUUUCGCUACUCAAAUUCAUUCAUCAUUAGGAAAACGAAAAUCGCAAAAAACAAACACCACUAUAAAGGUGUUAAGUUGAACUACUGUGAAGUUUGAAAAAUCGACGUUGUGUGGUGUGGCCGAAGGCUAUGUAGUUGUGGGAAAGGGCGACGUCAUAACAGUAGUAGACCAAAGUUUGGAAUAGCCUUUUUCGUCACGUUUCUUGGCCCACACAUUUUUACUACCACGAUUUUAUAUGUUUGGGCACGUCAUCGUAUAGCCAGUAUGUAGUUUACCUUCGAUUAAAUCAAGUAUGCAAAAGCAAGAAGACAGUACUGCAAGAAUUUAAAAAAUAAUAAUUAAAUUAAACGACAAAUAAUCGACAGUCACAAUGGACGACGACACAAUGCUCAACAACCAUGGUCCUCAGCCUGGAGCUGAGACUGUUUAUGGCACCGAGGACAACAAUAUGGUCAUGUCAGAGAAGAAUGAACAGGUUGUGAGCAUC